AUGGCUGGUGAACCAUGGGAACAGGCCAAGACGUCGCUGCAAGGUGUUGCAGAGAUCGCAGCACAAUAUGACGACGACGGGAUUGACAUAUACUUCCUCAAUUCAAAGCGUGUCGGUACCGAGCUGAGGACCGCUGCAGACGUGGAAGAGCUCUUCGAAGGAUUGGUGCCAAAAGGCGCUACACCUACGGGCAGCCGUCUCGAUGCAAUUCUACAGAAAUACCUGUCCCGCCUAGAAAAGGCCAAAACGUACGAUGAACAGAUCAAACCGCUCAACCUCAUCAUUGUCACCGAUGGAUACUCUGCUUCAUCAGAUGACCCCGAGGUCGUUCUUGUUGCUGCCGCACAAAGGCUUGAUCGCGGAGAAUUCCCUUCAGCUCAAGUCGGUGUACAAUUCUUGCAGAUUGGCGGCACAGCGGAAGCACAUGAAGCUCUUCAAGUCCUGGACGAUGGCCUGCAUCAAGUCCACGAUGUGCGUGAUAUUGUGGACACGGUCAUGUUCACUGGUGAAACGGUGACUGCGUCCUAUCUCAUCAAAACACUGCUGGGCGGCAUCAACAAGCGACUUGACCAAACUUGA